UAACUGCGUACAGUCAGAGGCAGUUAGUGAAGACCUGAAGCGCAGACAGAGGUUACCGAUGCUAUAUAAGAUGCUGAGUAGAGAGUCACAGCAGUCAUUCGUAUCCGCGACCAGAGUGUAUUGAGAUCAACAAGUUUCGCAUUCCCUCGUUUCACGUGAAUCAAAGUUAUCCAAUUUCCCGUACUCUUUUGUUUUUGGUAAACCGAUAAACCGGCGAAAAUGGGUGUCAAGUGGACUUGCGCCCUUUUUUGCCUUCUGGGGAUAGUCAGUCUUCCGGUAGAGGGUAUUCAGCGUCAAAACAUGAGAGAACGAAGAGAUCUCCGAAACGCGUUUGAAAGUCCGUCGAUGACGAGGAAGAAGCGGGACGUCAGUCACGUGCUACAGGAUCAAGGACCUCAAAAUGGUCCUAAUCCUGCCGCGUUCCAGAAUCCCGGAAGCUUCGCCCGUAGCGGUAGCUCGAGUUUCGCGUCCGGGAGCGCAAGCGGCACCUUCGGCAAUUCCGCAACCGGAUUCGACGGAGUAGGAUCGUACCCGGGAUACAGCGGCGCUGGAAGCGGGCCCUUUUAUCGGGGAGGAUCUUCAUUCGGUUCAGCUGGCCAGCCGUGGUCUCAAUCUGGAUCGUUCAACGGAUUUCCGGGACAGAAUAGUUACCGACCUUCCGGCUACUACCCCAAUAACAACGUUGGUUACAACCCUUAUUACUCUAACCAAAAUCCCGCUGCUUUCUUCGACUCUCCCAUAUUUGACCCACAGGCUUUCGUUCAGGAAUAUUUCAGGCAACUGGAAGAACAGCAACGGCAAUUCGAGUCCCAAUUCCGGGGCCCACAGCAACCUUGGGGUAAAAAUACAAACCACGCACGGUCCUACGCCGCGGCUAUCAUGACGGGCCCGAACGGCGAGGUCAACCCCAAAGCGCGGACUUAUUCAUAUUCAUGGUCAUCGAUACCGAAGAGAUCACCGGCGGGCACGAAAUACACUGGUGCAGGAAAUUCAUGGCAGGAACGUAAUGCAGAUACCGUCAAUAAAAACGCGGUUAAUAACGAUCAGAGGUUCUUCGGGCUGAAUAAUCGCCUGGGGAACGGACCUCCCAACUUCAACGAUCAGUACACCCCGAAUAAUUUUGGAUUCGGUACACGCGGCGGAUUCAACGCCGGUUCUAAUUUCCCCAAUAGUGCGAAUACCGGUCAAAGAUUCCCGAACACCGGAUUCGGAGGGUCGAACACCUUCGGUAAACCCACCGUAGGAAAUGGCGCACACGCUUACGCCAACAUAGGACCGAAUGGGGGCACCUACGGAGCCGAAUUCACACCUGGGACUCCCGGCAUCUUGAACCGUUUCAAAGAAACGGUUCCACCGCCAAACGGACAGUCCUACGCGACCUUUACCAGCACCUCUAAGACACACUCCAGAGAUUCCGAUGGUAACGAAAUAAAUGAAGAAGUUGCCACCGUGGGUGUUAACGAUAAUGGUAAUAUCACGCUGAAAACCAUUCGCAAUCCUCCAAUUCCAAACAACUGAAAAUUUGCACAGGUGAUACAAUCAUGACGUAAUUAUAUAUAUUAUUUAAAUAAUCGUACAGCUGCGUAAACAUGGGUGUUUGGUUUACCCAUGUUUGAAAACUAAAAUUCUCCUAUUUCAAAUAAUUUCACCUCGCCCGUGCCAGAUGAACGCGCUAUUUUUUUUUUUUUUUCAAAUAUAUUUAUUUCUUUCCUCUGUUCGAUCAUUGACACGGUCUCACACCGUAUAAAAAUUAUUAUCAUUUUCAAACAUAGUAUAAAUAGUUUUUAUGUUCGAAAUAGUCUGUCCGCAUAUCGUAGUCACUCAAGUGAAUGUAAAAUUUGUAAAAUUUCAAAUACCUGGUGAUAAAAAUAACAGUAUUUUGUACUCAGUGAACGAAAAUAUAAAUCGGUACAAUAAA